AUUUACGUUUGCGGAUUGCGACGUCUAAUAACCGAUUUUAUUAUUAUUUAAUAUGCACGACUUACUUGACUCUGUAACUCAAAUAAAGUUGUUAAGGAAAUAUUUGAAAAUUAAAGUAUUAGAAGACAAUAUUAGGUUUCGUGAUCACAAAAGUGAGAGAGAUCAUGUUUACAAUUUAAUUUCCCGAUCUAUUCUACAUGGAGAGUCACAUUCAGCUCUUAUUAUCGGACCUCGAGGUUCCGGGAAGACUACGCUCAUCAACUCAGUCUUACACCAAAUUGCAAGCGAGGCGGACUUAGCCAACGAUGCUAUAAUUGUAAAACUGAAUGGUUUCAUACAUCAAGAUGACAAGAUUGCUCUCAAGUCUAUCACGGCACAGAUGCAAUUAGAAAACGCUGUUGGUGACCGUGUUUUCGGUACAUUCGCUGAGAACCUAAAUUUUCUCCUGAACUGUUUAAUGAGUGGUGUUGAUAGAAAAUGUAAAAGUAUGGUUUUCAUAUUGGAAGAAUUUGAUAUGUUCUGUCACAGCGGUCGUACACAGACAUUAUUAUACAAUCUGUUUGAUAUAACGCAUAGCAAGCAAGCGCCUAUGUGUGUUUUAGGUACAACAAACAGAAUAGAUGUAAUGGAAAUGUUAGAAAAACGUGUCAAAUCAAGAUUCUCACAUCGACACAUAUUCUUAUUUCCAAAUGAAAAUCAAACUGAUGCAGAAAAAUCACCUUUAGAGACUUGUAAACAAAUGUUUGUCCAAUAUUUGAGCAUGCCGUUGAGUUUAGCGAAGAAAAAUGUGACAGAGACGCCAAAUAAACGUAAAGGGAGAAGAUCUGUGGUUAAUAUAGAAAAAAUGGAUAUUGAUACUGAAGAUACCCUAUAUGCAAUACCAGAAGAAGUAUUAACCCGGUGUAAAGUGGAUUCCAGGCAAUUCCAAAGUCUGGAAUAUGGUUUUAUCGAAUCCUGGAAUGCUCACAUACAAAGUAUAGUCAAAGAUCAGAAAUUAAUUGAUUGUUUGGAGAAAUUUUGUUAUUAUACCAUUAAUGAACAAUUGUUUAAAGAUGUUCUGUUCCAAAUAGUAUCGAAACUAUCCCCAUCCAAGCCAUACAUGGAAAUAAAUGACAUAUCUUCAAUAAUAGACAACGCAGUAGCUCCUGAACACAGAGUAAAAUUACUCCAAUCUCUGUCUAUACUGGAAUUGUCUUUAGUGAUAGCUAUAAUGCACGGUAUGCAGAUAUUUGAUGGACAGCCUAUGAACUUCGAAAUGGUAUUACAUAGAUAUACAAAAUUCUCGAACACAAACUCAUCAAACCAAACAGUACCGAGGCCGGUUGUACUCAAAGCCUUCGAACAUUUACAAGAAUUAGAAAUAAUAAUGCCAGUAAAAAACACCGACUCCAUAUACAAUACAGAUACAACAACCGGUCGGGUACAGAAAGAGUAUAAGUUAUUUGCUUUAGCGGUCCCCGUUGAAGAUAUAAAGGAAGCAGUGAAAGGUUUUAAGGCUCUUCCGACUGAAAUUAAUCAUUGGUUCAACAAUUCUGUUUUGUAAAUAAAUUUUUGUUUGGUA